AUGGGCGACAAUAUGACUCUUUCCAACUCCUCUCAAGACCUCAUAUUGGACAAGGCACCACGUCAUGACGACUCCAAAUCCACAACAGGCAAUAUUAAAGAUAACAUUCCAGUUAAGUUCAAAAAACCAAUCAUGAGUAAAAAGAAUUUAAAACAAUGUGGACGAGUUAUUGGAUGGAUAGUGUAUUGGUUAUUGAUAUUUGCUGGAUGGGUUGCAAUAGCAGUUCAAUUCGGAAUUAUGAGAGCUUCUCCUGUUAAUCCAAAUAAUCCUGAAGAUUAUAGAAAGGACCUCUUUAUUGGAAAAGACUAUACUGUCGAUAAGGGAUAUCCAGCACUCAUUGUUCAUGCUAUUGGUGGAAUAUUGUGUCUACUCAUUGGUAUAUUGCAAUUUCAGGAUGUGAUUCGAAGAAGAGUGAUGAUUAUUCACAAGAUUAUUGGUUACAUCUUUUCAGCGUGUGUGUUUAUUGGAUUCGUGGGUGGAUUAUGGCUCAUUCCAUAUAGUGUAGGAGGUGUUAACACAAAAGUUGCCUUCUCUCUCCUAUCUCUGAUAUGGAUUGUCACUCUGGGAAUGGCUCUUUUAUACGUAACCUUUGCUCACAAGAAUCCACUCGUAAAACAUCUUCCUAAAGGUGAUAGAAUUCAAAGACAUAGAGAAUGGAUGAUUCGAUGUUUCAGUUCUGUAUGUGCUGCCAUCACUCUGAGAAUUUAUCUAUUUCUAUUUGCUGGUUUUUACAUUGCUGGCAAUCCAAAUCUCUCUGAUACUUCAUAUGGCAUUUUGGAUGCAGCCCAGAAGGAAGUUUAUGGAGCUUCAGCUUGGUUGGCUGUGAGUGGAAAUUUAAUCAUUUCAGAAAUUUAUAUUAACAUGGUUGUUAGAAAGAAAAUUGUGAAUGAUGGAAAUUUAAGUUCUGAAAUGCAAGUUAAUCCUUCAAAAAAGUUUUAA